AUGGGUUGCGCAGGAAGCUGCCCAAAGCCUGUGCGUUCGACGUCCUGGGAUGCGCGCAAUACAAAACUUAGCGCGGUUCUGCCUAAAGGUGUGAACUUGCCCCCAGAUCGCGAGACGCACGAGCUCUACGUGCAGCAGCUGGACAAAUACCUUUGCCAGGUUGCAAAGAACCCCAAAGGCUUCGAGAACAAGGUCGAGACGCGUCGGGAGUUCCGAUUUCACGUCUCAGACAGGCUUGCGGAAAAGAUGGGAACCAACCGACACGCCAUCCCUUCCGUGAAGUCGCCGGAAGAGGCCAGUUGGGAGGCCGUCAGCACGAAGCAUCCUUCGUCUUGUCGCGCACCACGCGCGGAGUCGGCGUCGGAUUCUUGGUUUUCGGUGGGGCCAGGUGUUGAUGGCUUGUGA